UGUUCUAGGGCUCGCUGUGAAUGGCGCUGUGAAUGCCGCUGCCAUGGCGUCCCCAGCGAUGAUCGAGUCGGCAUUCUUGUCUCGGAGCUGCGCAAUCCUGCUCGCGCGCAGGAUCGGCGUGGGGAAGCGAUCUAGGGUUGCAAAUCUGCGGAGGAAGUCCGCGAGCUUCGUUUCCGCCCGAUGCUGUGCCAGUGCGAGUGCUGGCCCGGAUGUGUCGCCUUCUCCUGCUACAACAAGCAGAUCCAAGAACACACUGGGCCCAAAAUUUAGUUUUUGCCCAGUUUGUGGAGGUCCUGCCGAUCAAAGAGUUCCAGACGGGGAGCACGAGCCUAGAAGCGUUUGCACCUUGUGUGGAUUUGUACACUAUCAGAAUCCAAAGAUGGUUGUAGGAUGCGUUGUAGAACACGAUCGGAAGAUUCUUCUCUGCCGGAGAAGCAUUGAGCCGUGCUACGGUCUCUGGACUUUACCAGCGGGAUACAUGGAACUUGGAGAAUCGGCUGCCGAGGGUGCGGUGCGCGAAACGCAGGAAGAAGCUCACGCGCAGGUGGAGCCAGUUUCGCUGUUUGCUCAUCUCGACAUUCCGCUCAUUGGCCAGAGCUAUGUAAUUUUUCGUGCCAAGUUCGCGCACGGCGUGCAGUACUCACCGGGCCCCGAGUCCUUGGAAUGCGCUCUCAUCGAAAUGGAUGAGAUUCCGUUUGAUAAGAUUGCCUUCUCAACCAUAAGCGUGGCUCUCAAGCUGUACAUCCAGGAUUACAAAGCAGGACGGUUUAGAGUUCACUCAGGGGUGAUCGAUAAGAGGCCCGGUGCCAGUCCAUCCGAUCCUCAAGGCUUCGUUCUCCGAGACUACCUUUCAUCGUAAACUCCCGGAGAGUUUUGUUUCAAAAACAGCAGGAAAAAUUACCAAGGCCAUUUGAUCUCUUUGUUUUGUUUAUUCUCUUGGAUUAUCACUCGUUAUUCCACUCUUCCUAGGAAGAACAAAAGUUCUUGGGGUUAUUUGGUUUUUAUAUGAUAGAUUUAAAUAUUUCUUC